ACUGUUUUUCCACAUAGUUUAGAGGCUCUCUAGUCUUUCUCAGGCUCUGCACACUGCUCAGAGCCCUAAGAGCCCUAGCUCCGAAACAGAACCGCCCAACUUCCCCCCCAGUUUGCGGACUAUUUGGGCGCGUCUCUCAGCAUAUCCUGGGAAUGCGUCCACGUUGUCAUGGCGACGCUCUGAGUAGGUUCCUGCACGCCGCCGAAUCCCGCCCCGCCCCGGAACUAUCAUCUGCAGGGAAAUGACCUUUGCCCCUAGAAGGACAGCUGCAUUCUUCACGAGAAGAUGGCAGUUGUGAAAACGCCCAUGCAGGAACUAAGAAAUGCAGAAGAACCCUGCGAUAAGGUGUCCUCCAUCCUCCUGAAGAGCCUGGUGGAGGAGCCCAAGAAAAGAGCGGAAGUGCCCAACCACCUCCUGGAAUCCAAGGUUUAUGCCAAGCUUCUGAACAACAAGGCCAUCCAGGCCAGACCAGGCAUAGUCCAUUUUGGAGGCUAUGAGAUAGAGAAACAACAUGAACAGGUUCUGUACAUUGCCAAUAUUUCAGAUGAAGACACACACCUUCAUAUUUUACCACCGCAGACCAAAUACUUCAGGAUCGCCUACGAGAAGAAGGAGCAUCGCCUCAUCCCAGGCUUGUCACUCAUGGUCACGGUUACAUUUUCUCCAGAUGAGUGGCGUUACUAUUACGACUGCAUCCGCAUUCACUGUAAGGGAGAUGACACCUUGCUUGUUCCCAUUCACGCCUACCCUGUCUUGAAUAACCUGGACUUCCCCACAUUUAUAAAUCUACCGGAUGUCCUCCUCGGAGAGAGCAAAAGCUACGUGAUCCCCUUGCAGUGCAGCUGUCCCGUGGAUUUCGAAUUCCACAUCACUCUGCUUCGGUCUCACCAGGCCUUUACAAUUGCGCCGAGGUCAGGAAUAAUUCCAGCUAACGGGAAGACAAAAGUAACCGUCACGUUCACACCCAUCCAGUAUGGGAUGGCACAAAUAAAAAUUCAAUUGUGGAUCUCACAGUUCAACUCUCAGCCGUACGAAUGUGUCUUCACUGGAACCUGCCACCCCAACAUGGCCUUACCACUAGAAGAGUUCAAAAGAUUAAAUACUCGUUCUCAGAAAGUAAGUGUUCCUCCAGAAAAAACAAGAUAUGUACACUUUUACCAAACUCCCACCAUGGCCAAGCCUCCGAAAAUGAAGGAAAUCGAGUACCACGACCUGCGGUUUCCAGCAGAUCUGUCCAAUCCAUUUGCUGUGGCCACUGUCCUAAACCAAGAACCGGGAAAGUUGAAGAUUAAGGAAUUAAAACAAGUCCUGGACCAGGGUGAUGAAAUCUCCAAAACCAGACAGAUGAAGGAGGCGCUCUUUGAACAGAAGGUCAGACAGAACAUCCAGGAAGAGAGCGAGAACCAUCUUAAGUGGCAGGUGCACCUUGGUAGUGACCACACCACUUUCAGGUAUAGAAAAGAGCUCAGCGAGGAACGGCAGAAAGCACAGGACAAGUACAAGCAAAAAAGAGGCGACCCUGUUUUUGAGGAAGAGUUUCAACGACUCGAGACUGAGCAGAGCAACAAGCGGGUCGUCCGUGAGCUGGAGGAGAAAGUCCAGGAAUUCCAUCCUAACUUUGAUCCUCUUAUUAACAACAUGUGGCUCAGCAGAUUCCGGGCACAAAGACGGUUCCAGCAGGCAUCGCGCAGGAUCAUGAUUGAACGAAGGAUGCUCAUUGUGCUGGAGGCUAUCCGUGACAUGGACAAAGAAGACAUAAAGAGAAGGCUCGACAAAGCCAAGCAAUCACUAAUACAAGCUGAGACUCCCUACAGAUACCCAUGGGCCCACCUGAGUCAGGAGGAGUGCCCCUGUCCGUUCUCGCUGCAGCCUGAGGAAGUGCUGCCCUUCGCCUUCCCAUCCGACUCCCAGAGCUACAACGAGCUGGCUCUCGAUGGCCUUGGACUGGUCCCCAUCAAGCCUUCCGAUGUUCAAGUCAAGCACAGUUAUCCCUACUUCACUUUGAAGGUUCCUCAGUUAUACAAAAUCAAGGGAUAUCAACCAUUUUCUGUCAACAAGUCCUCAACAAAUUAUAGACUUCAGAAGCUUGCUCGACCCCUGAAACAAGGUGCUGAGGAUGAGGUCACCACCAUCAUAACUCUACCCGAGCAGGACACCACACAGCUCUCAGCCAAGCCCUCCAUCUUGAGUAUGAAGGCACCAGAGGGCUUAGCCAUGUCUGUGGAAUAUGAGCCGCUGUAUAUUUUCAAUCCCAGCCCAGGACUGUUCUCCGUGAAGCACCCUCUGACCUACGCAGAAACUCUGAUAGAUUACCAUCUGUGCUCUCACCCCAAGUACAAGUUCACCCAUGAGACCCACAUCGGGUCCAGCAUUCCUCUCACCCAAAAGCAGUUUCUCCAUCAUACGGAUAUCAUUCCUGGGAUCAUGAACUGGAAGAGGUUCCAGCCCCUGGUCUUCUCCUCCUUCUCUGACCCCUCUAAGAUGGAAACCACUCAGAGAAACUGCAAGUUUUGCGGGGGAUGUUGUUUUUGAAGUAAGGUCUUUCAUCAGCACCUGGAGCUAGCCGAUUCACUGGGGUCGCCAGCCGUGAAUGAGGCCAAGGGAGCCGCCUGACUCUGCUUCUUCCACUCUGGGAUUGCAGGUGUUCACCACCAAACCCCGAUUUCUUAAGUGUGUUCUGGGGGUAGAGCUCAGGUUCUUGGGAUCAAACUCGGGUGUGCAAGCUUGCACGGCAAACACUGUCUUGAUUCAUCCCUCGCAUCCCACCCCGGCCCUUACGCAGUACCUCCCUCCAGGGCCGUGAGGACAACUCCUCUGGGCCGUGGCAAAUGGCUGUAUAAAGAAGCCUUUAGGAUCUCUACUUUCCAGAGCUCACAAAACUGCGCAAUCACUGUCUCGCCACUAGAGGGCAGCAUCGGCCCCCAACCCCUCAUUUUGCAGGAAGACUGGAAUGCUUUCAAAUUGACCCAUUUUCUCGUUUCUCUGUUGCUGUGACAAAACACCCCGACAAAAAUCGGCUCAGGGAAGAAAGGGUUUGUUGGGUUCCAGGUUCCAGUCCGUCAUCGCAGGGGAGUCAUGGCAGAAACUCUACUGUCACUUCCCCAGAGACAGAGUCCUUGCUUGCCUGUUCUCGGCCGGCUUUCUCCUCUUAAGCAGUCCAAGACCUGCUGCCUAUGGAAUGGUGCCACCCGCAAUGGGCGGGGUCUUCCUACAUCGACUAACAAUCAAGAACUCCUCCCAUACACACACAGGCGUGCUCACAGAAAAACCUGAUAAAGACUGGUGCAUAA